AUGUCGAGUUUAGACAUCAUUUGUGAAAACAUUCACGCUGACCACGCGCCGCGGUGGUUCGCAAACUGGGAGCGCGGAGCUGCAUGUGUCGCAUGCGUCGUGGAGAUGAUAGAAAGGCCGGACGUGUCGUCUUUGCGCAAGCGCGCUGCGCUGGUGUGCGUGACUCGCGCUGAGGAGAUACGCGAGCUGCUGUACUGUGAAGAAAACCUGAGAGCUCUUCCGCCACCAUCUGCAGCUCUGUGUCCAUCAGUCGGCACCCUGGUCUCCUCAAUGAUGGUUCCUUCCACUCCUUCAUGGCUUCUCAUGCUCAUGUGUCGCCUUGCUCAAGGCCCCAUCUUGGACUGCAUCUUUCUUCCUCCUCCUGGCAAUCCAUCUGCCUCCAGAACCUCCUCCUACUCUUCAUUGCUCUCCACGGUGCAAGUUUGCAGGGAUCGAAUGCUGUCCUGUUGUGUGGAUUCAACACUGCUGGAUCAGACAGUAGAAGUACUGUUGCAGAUGUCAUUAGAUAGACCACAGCUUUUACACUUCAUCUUAGAUGAGAUACACUCGCAGUUGAGUGAUAGGAGCAGGCUGAAUGCUUCUCUAACAUCCUUCAUGUUUUUGGGAAAACUGCUGGAUUCUCAUCCUGGUCUGAGUCAAACGCUGACCUCCAGCCACUUGUGUGUAUUAGAGUGUGUUUGUGAAGGUUUACUGGUCUCAGAUGAGGAGGUGAAGGUCGCUGUGUGUUAUGUGCUGUUAAAAAUCUGGAGCUCAGUCACUGCAGUCCACACACUGCCAAACACACACCGGGACAAAAUGUGUGUGUUACUGCUACACACUCUAUCAGAUACACAAACAACUGCACUCACCAUCAACUGUCUCGGGGUCCUGAAGCAGAUGUUGCAGUACUCUGAUGUUGCUUGUGUGUUGAUGAGUUUGGGUGAAUGCAGUGAAAAACAUCAUCUACCAUACCAACCACUGCCUCUCAUUAUAAAGAAGCUGUUGUUGAGCAGUCAGGACUCUCUACAGGUGGUGUCUAUUCAUUGUGUGUGUGCAGUAUUGAUUCACUCUCCAGCUCGCUUCAGUUCCUCCUUCAUUCAUGCAGAUUUACCCGAGUUUCUGUUUGAAUGUGUGUGUAGCAGCAGUGAGAUGAUGUUGUGGUGGAUCUUUCACUGUCUACUGUUGAUGUCUGAAGAUCCUCAGUUCUUCUCACAGUGUCACUCUGUGUACGGCAUUGAGUCAUUAGUGCGCAGUCUGAAUGAGACUCUGGGAAAAUCCAAUACUGAGGUUCAGAAACAAGGACUUGAGCUACUGACAGCCAUCUUAGACAGGCAGCCUGCAGGUGUGUGUCUGUUUCCAACAGGAUGUGAGUUUUCUGCUAUUGUUGAUGUCAUCAUUAAGGGCGUGGCCUCCUCCUGUCUGCAGGUGUCUAUGCUUGCAGUACGAGCCGCUGCUUUGCUCCUCAGACCUCAUCAUCAGUCCAGUCCGGUUCAGUUCUCAGACAUCAUGAGAAUGAUGUCAGCUGUGAUGUGUAAAUGCACCGAUCAUCAGUCAGUGAAAGCAGGAGGAGUUUUACUGCAGACUCUCACAUGCAUUGAAGCAGCCUGCAGGUUGGCUGAAGUGUAUCUGUGUGAGUGUAGUGUGAAUGAUGGUGUGUGUUCAUCUUCACAACAGCAGGUCACACUGGAAACUCUGUGUGUCUAUCUGCUACACUGCUGUGAUACAACCUGCAUCCCUACUGUUACUAGAGUGUGUGAACGUCUCUCCUCUCCACAGCUUCUGCAGGUCUUGCUGUCGAUUUUGUCUCAUCAGUUUUCUUUAUGUCCUGCUCACAUGGCGUCCUUCUCCAGGAAACUCGCUUCCUCUGGUUUCAUCAGACUGACUCUACAAAUCAAAGCUCAACAGUGUUCAGAAAACAGAAAUUCUUCCCUGAAUUUGGUCUGCUGUGAUUUCCUGUUGAAACUUUGCACACAUUUAUUUUCCCAGAUAUACACUGAGACCAGUGAACUUCAAGCUCAUGUGGAGUGUAAACUGGAGGAGUGUUUGGUGUCUCUGUUCUGCUCUGUGUCUGAUUGGUGCUCUCUGCUGGUGGAUUCAUCCGAGUCGAUCAUAAACACACAGUAUUGUCUCAUCUAUCUUCUGCAUGUGUCCCUGCUGCAUGGAGACAGGCUGAUGUGUGAAUCUUCAGUCUUCUCCAGUGUGCUUCAGUUCAUCUGUGUUCAGGAUGUCAAUGAUGUUUCUUUGCCUCCAUCUGUGCAGUCGUCUGUUAUCUACCUGCUGUCUGUUACUCAACACAGCUGCACUCAUCUGGACACGGUUUCUGUGAAGAGCAUCAGUAAAGCUCUUUCCUGCUCUCCUCUUCUCUUCUCUCUCUCCUCUAUUCAUCCCUCUAUCCUGAGGUUUAUCUUCUGUUACCCGGAGCUGUCGGAGCGUUUCGGAGUGACGGCUCUGACUGAACGUCUCUGUGGUGGAUCAGAUGAGGAACAGAUGCAGUCAGAUCUACUGCAGCUUCUUCAUGAACAUCCAGACGCUCUCAUCUCUAUGCUGGUUGUGGUUUGUGAAGCUGAUGCUCCUGCAGCACACCGAGCUGAACGUGUGUUAAAGUGUUUCAUGUCAUCAGAGGACAUCAGCAGUAGUUGUGAUCUCUGUCAUCAGAUGAAAUCAACUUUACUGAAUCUCCUGCAGAAACUCACACACACAGAUUUCCGAGUGUCUGUGUUAGUGGAUGUGCUGACUGUGCUUCAGAGUAAAACAUCUACUCAAAGUGAAAUGAAUCACACAGACUUCAAACUGCUUUACCAUGUCAAUAAUCUGGUUGCAAAGAUGAACUCCAGUGAGCUGCUGCUGUCUGUGUUGAACUGUCUGUACUGUUUCUUGAGUCUGUGUCCAUCACACUGCACUGACCGAGUGGUGUCUCUGCUGCUGGGUAACAUCAGACUGAUGGAGGUGUUGGAGAAUAUUCUUUCUCCCUUUUCAUCAUCAUCAUCAUCCCUACAGUGCUCUUCACUUCUUCUGGUCGCCACCCUUAUCUCUCUACAACACAGACAGUCUGUGCAGGUUCACAGGAACAUCACAAUAGAUCUUCAUGAGAUAGUGAGACGACUGGCCUUCAGCAAGAGACACACAGACAGCCUACUGUUGAUGUGUAGUAUGAGAUUGUUGCAGGUGUGGUUGGAUGUAGACGAGUGUUCACUGGUGUGUGUCUCUCAGACUGCAGCGCUGCAACGCUCUCUUCAGUCAGUAGAUGGCGCUCUACAUCCACUCGUAUACAGUGAAGCACACACACUCAUGACAGCACUGUGUGGACUCACACUGCAGAAACAGGAUAUGAUGAUAAGCACUGCUGUGAACUGUUUGAGGUCUUUGAUUGGUUUUCUGAACAGAAGGAACAUUGCCAUAGUCCAGCGGAUGCUCUCUCAGCCCUGGAUGCAUUUCCUGCUCUUCUCUCUCCUGUCCUGUAGAGGAAGUCUUGUACUACACCCUGCUAUACUCACCCUCAUCACACAGCUGGUGUGUUUUGGUGGAGGGAUCUCUGAGUGGAAGACUGAAGUUGAGUUGUUGUGUGAGGAGGUGGAGAGACAUGGAGUAACACAAAUCACACACAACACACUGAGACUGCUGCUUACACAAUGUUGUGCUCUUUCUCCUCCUGAAGGUCUGAGGAUGAGGAUGGAGACUUUACUGGAGUCACUUCCACAUCAUGAGACCUCUGACAGUCCACAUCAACACAUGAUGUAUCCUCACACAGACACACAAUGGGUCUCAUUCAUGAAACACGAGCAGAACGAAUUUUUGUGUAAAUCGUUCGUAAAGUCCUUUUGGCGUACAUUUUCGGAUUCAUGAAAAUGUUCGUAUUUUCCAAAUGUUAGUUGGUACGAAAGAAAUCUACACCUGCUCCCAGCCACGCGUAAAUUGUGUGUUUAACAUCCGAACGUUUUGCUCAUCAAUAAGGCUGUAUUUUAAUUCACCAUAAUCAUGUACAUAUUACACUGCAUUUUGUAAAAAAUAUUAUACAGUAAUUAUAUACGUUUUUUCUUUUAACUUUUAUUAUAAGCUCCAGUAAUAGCAUCUGCAAACGGAACACUUUAAUCAAGUACAUUAUUGAUUUCAAUAGGGCUGGGCAAACGAAAUUGUUAAGGAAAUUGUUUCCUAUAAAAUGGCCAAAAUCAGGCAUAACACAUUUACGAUGGCUAAUAUAGAUUUAGAUUUGGCAGAGCGCUGCGCAAAAGGCGUAUUUUUAGAGACCGCGCAGACUUACUUGCCGAGAAUGAAGACUGUUAAUUAGUCGUUUCAUGCUUCCCAGACCAGUUCUUUUGUGAAAAGUUAAAUCUACUCAAAUGUAAACUGCUUGUGUAUUUCCUCGAAAAUUAUAUAUUUUUUAUUUUUGAAUAAGAUUUUUUCGAAGUUAACUAAUUCAUAGUUAACUAAUGUGGAACUGUUUGAUUAACAGAUGAAAUUUCAUUAACAGCAUCUGUAAUGUGCUGCCAAGCUUCCUUUUUUUAGGACCCGAGACGCCACUAUGUAUGCUUGAAAAUAAAAUUUGGCUUUUUGAAUUAA